UUUUUUUUUUUUUUUUUAGUUUUUAAUUUUAAUUAUUAAUUCGAAGAAACGGAAUUUGACUGCGAGAAGAAGAAUCAGUGGAAGAAGGGCAAGUAGAUCUGAAACUUCAUACAUACGCCGGAGAUUGGGGGAGAAAAAUCCGGGGACGGUCGGCGAUUGUUUCUCGAUUUCAACCAUACCAAAAAAAUAAUUAAAAAAAAAAAAUAAACAGAACAGAACAGAAGCGGAGAUUUUUUUUUUUUUUUUUUUUGGAAUCGUUAUGCUGAAUGACUGAUUUUUCAGCUUUCCGAACGGGCGGUUUCAAAAGGAAAAUGCCGCGCCCUCAUUUUCAUAAGCUUGUUCUCACCUCAACUAUCCAAGCUAGGAAAUUGAGAAUCCCAGAAACUUUUGUCAGGAUGAUCAGGGAUGAGCUUUCAGCAGUUGCAACCCUUACUGUUCCUGAUGGCCAUGUUUGGCGUGUAGGUUUGAGGAAAGCCGACAAUAAAUUUUGGUUUGAAGAUGGAUGGCAAGGAUUUCUUGAGCAUUACUCAAUACGGGUUGGGUAUUUACUAGUAUUCAGAUAUGAGGGAAACUCAUCGUUCUGUGUUUUUAUCUUUAAUCUUAAUACAUCUGAAAUAAACUAUCAAUCGGCUGCUCUCAGUAAUAAUCAAAGGAAUAAUUACAGCAUUCAAAACCGAAUCUUUGAAGAAAUGGAGGAUUAUGAUAUUCCUGAAGCCAUUCCUUCCAAUCAGUCCAUGAAUUCCGGUUCCUUGCGGAAUAAGCUAUUUGGUGAUGAAUGGAAUCUGCACCAAUCAAAAUCUGCAAGUACAUUACAAGCUGAGUAUUUAUCUACUAGAGAUAUUGGGGUUCAGUUUAGUGCUGUGGAGGUUAAAAAAUCUGCAGAUGAGGUGAGAUUCCAGAAUUUGGGUGAUGAUGCAGCACACAGAGUUAAAAAGAGUGGAAGCAAAAAGCGAAAAAUCGAGUCUAGCGAGCACCAUCCAUCUGCUCAUAAUAGUGAAGAUUUAGGAGACAUUCGUUUUAGAUUUUAUGAAAGUGCUUCUGCUAGAAAGAGAACUGUGACAGCAGAAGAAAGAGAAAGAGCUAUCAACUCUGCAAAAGCUUUCGAGCCUGGUAAUCCUUUCUGCAGAGUCGUCUUGCGACCAUCCUAUCUAUAUAGAGGUUGCAUAAUGUAUUUGCCAUCUUGCUUUGCUGAAAAGAAUCUAAGUGGGGUUUCGGGAUUCAUCAAACUUCAGACGCCUGAUGGGAGACAGUGGCCGGUCCGAUGCCUUUAUAAAGUUGGUAGAGCGAAGUUAAGUCAGGGAUGGUACGAGUUUUGCCUGGAAAAUAAUUUAGGGGAGGGCGAUGUUUGUGUGUUUGAGCUUCUUAGGAUGAGAGAAAUUGUACUCAAAGUUACCAUGUUUCGUGUCAUUGAAGAAGGCGGACGAAUGGCAAACCCAAAUCCUGCUAGCAUGAUGAAUCCACCUCCGCUGCGAAGUGUUAGCCACAUUAAGCUGAUCAGAAAUUAAUGGACAAUAUUUCCAGGUUACCCUUUUGUAUCAAAUCUGUCUCUUUUUUGUGGUAGCUUGUUGAUUCUGAUCCCUUGUGGUAUUAGCUGUUGUUUGAUGUUUAUAAUCUUUCGAGAUUGACUUAAGUUGGAAAAAAAAAAGGAUCCGUUUAGAGUUUACGUAUUAAAGCUGUAUUGACUUUAGUUGUAUAUAGAUUUUCAAAUUUUUGUUGAUAUCAAUCUAGACAAGAACAUCAGCAAGUGUUUGUUUUGGUUCUUCA